AUGCCAGUUGCCACACCUCAGCUAGGAUCCUUUCAGUAUGUCGCCGAGACGGAGGUUCGACAAGAAGACUUGGAUUGGGCAGAGCUCGUCACCAUCGACUUGAGCCUGUAUCACACACCUGAGGGUCGGAAGGGGCUUUCAAAGACCCUCAUUGACGCUGUCCGUGAGAAGGGAUUUUUCUAUGUCAAGAACUUCGGUAUCUCCCAGCAGCGCGUAGACAGGCAGUUUGCCCUUGGAAAACGCUUCUAUGAUCUCCCACUGGAGGAGAAAUCACAAUAUACACCUGCAGGAUUAGACAAGGGUCAAUUCAAUGGUUACGUACCGGCAGGUCGCAGGAUUAUUGACCCUGAAACCGGGUUGAAAGACCACACGGAGAUCUAUAAUAUUCCUAAGUUCAAUGGCUACUUCUCUCAGAUACACCCCCCGGCUGUGGCAGACCACAUCAAGGAAGUUGAGGAAUUCGCAAGGUCCUUGCACACCGAUGUCUUGGACCCUCUAUACGUGCUUUUGGCGAUUGCAUUAGAACUUCCCGAGGAUUACUUUACCAAAAUACAUCGAUACGAAGCUAAGAGCGAGGACCAUCUGAGAUACAUGAAGUAUUCGAAAUACACCGAAGAAGAAAACAAGAAAGUGAAAAACUGGUCAGUUGGCCAUACUGACCUGGGUAGUUUCACACUCCUAUUCCGUCAGCCAGUUGCGGCGCUUCAGAUCCGUUACCACUCGACAAAUGAGUGGAAAUGGGUGAAGCCGCAGGACGCUACGUUGACUGUCAAUGCCUGCGACGCGUUGACGUUCUUAACUGGAGGAUAUGUCAAGAGCACGAUUCACCGCGUGGCUGUCCCACCUAAAGACCAGCAACAUGUUGACCGUCUGGGUUUGUUGUACUUCUCUAGGCCUCACAAUGACAUUACACUAUCCACCAUCAAGGAAUCCCCUGUUUUGCAGCGCGAAGGGUAUACCCAGAACCAAUUCGAGUCUGGUGCUCACAAGGUGCCGACGAUGGAAGAAUGGACCUUUGCAAAGCAAACGUGGCAGAGGACAAAAGGUUACCAGGAUAACAUCGCGUACCGGACAGCCACCAUUCUUCCGGGUUUCAAGGAGAAGGAUUACGCGUAGUUCAUCUAUUACGAUUUAUUAGCAGUUAUGUAUAAAACUCGUAUCUGAGUGGAAUUGUAUAUUCUUAGAAUCUUUACUUUAUGCCUCAACUGUACGUCCGAUUGCAUAGACCCCAAGUGCCUCACUUAACCUUCCGUGAUUAUACUAAGACGUUCCCUCUUCCGAGCAUUCAAACAUCAAACACUAUACGCUUCUGUACUUUUGGUACAGAGCCCGAACACCCUGAAGGUUCCGUUGUGAAGCAUCGGAUAACUUAGCCAUGUUAAAAUUUCAGCUCGAAAAUUUCUCGGCAAG